GAAAAUCUACAAAAUGAUAUUGAGAUGUGAUUAAGAAGAAAGAAAAUAUUCUUCAAAUAAAUCAAAUAUACUAAUACAAUGUGUUGCUGAAUCAUCAAUUUUUAAUUUUCAAGAACAAAAAAAUUAUUCUGAUAAAAUAAUAUGAUAAUAUUUACAUUCUCUUUAAUUAACAUAUAUAAGGAUUAUGCUAUUAAUUUUGAGAAAUAAAAUUAUUAGCAAAGUCUGUAAAGCAUAAUUCACAUAUUAAAAAACAGAAAUUGUGCAAUACAAUGGAUCUCUCUCAUCUACUUCAAGAAUUACAAAUAUGCAAAGAGAAUGUUGCUAUUUAUAAAAAAUUAAUAACACUUAAUCUUUCAUUUAAACAUUUAUUAACUAAAAAAAAUAAAGAAGAAUGGCAAUUAAUAUUAUUAAAUAUAAUGGAAGUAUUGACUAGUAAUCAAGAUAUGGGCAAAGAAUGGAUUUUAUUAGCUUCUCAUGCAUUUUUCAUAUUACAAUCAGCUCAAUGUGAUGCUGAAUCAUUGCAAAGAUAUUUAGCAUAUUUUUUAGAAGUAGAUUCCUCUGAAUUAUUUUUUAUUAAUAAGAUAUAUAAAAUAAAUCAUCUAGAAUUGUUCAAGUUGGUCAUUACACAUGGUUACUUACAAGUUAAUCAGAAAAAAAUAUAUUCCAAUAAUGUAUUGUGUAUUAUAUUUAAAAUUAUUUAUUCUCAUUGUGUACAAUAUACUCCUUACUCAUAUUUUGCAUAUAAGAUAUUAAAUACUUGGUUAAAUAGAUCAAUAUACACAGAUUUUUGGAAUACGAAUAGUUUAUUAAUAGAACAACAGUUAGAAAUGAUUAUAUUUUCAAACUGGUGUAAUUCAAUUAGUGAUAUUAAUAAGCAAAAUGCGACAUAUAUUUUUAAUACAUAUUUAAGAAUAAUGAUAGAAAAAUAUAAUGGGUUUUUGGAAUAUGUAUUCAAUUGUGUUGACAAUUUGUCAUGGCAAAAUGAAACGAAAUAUAUCAUAUUAGCAGAAGUUUGUAAUAUGCCAAAAUGCAGAAUUGCAAUGAUAACAUCAGAACAUUUUUUAUUAUACUUGAGUACUUCAUUAACAAAAAAUUACUUACGUUGUGUGGGCACAAAAGUUUAUAUGAAUAUUUUAAAGAGACUCACUGAAAAAGAUUGGAAAAAGUCAUUUGAUUCUGUUAUAAAAUAUCUUGUUUAUCAAUGGGAAAUAGGACCAAACAAAAAUCAUAAUGCACUUAAAUCACUUUGUAAAUAUUGGCUUGAACCAACUAUAACAAAGUACAAGAAUAUUCUAUUGCAUCUAUGGGAAUUAUGUAAAGAUUUUGUAGCACCAUUUUUUCAUUCGCACUUACAAAGGAUAGCUAAUGAAAUGUAUGUUACUUUUCCACAAGAUAUUGACCCUAUCUCUUAUAUACACCACAAAGAUGAAGUUAUAAGAUUAAAUGGUUUUGCAAUCUACUGUUAUCAAUCCAGUAAAUUGCUUAAUAACGAUAAAGUUGAACACUUUAUUAUAAUUAAACAAUUUUUGUGGUAUAAUGCAAAUACCACAUCAAUAUUCUUAAGAGAUGGGAUAACUAAAUACUUUAAAAUAUUUUAUACAAACGUUUUAAAAAGUAGUGAAAAUUUUGAUAAUAAUCAAUAUAUCUGUGAUAUGGUAGAUUGGUUACAUGAAUUCUUAUUAGACUGUUUUGAACCUGGUUCUCGUUAUCAACGUAAAAUUCUUGGUUUAAAUUUGUACAAAGUUGUUCUUUCUGUAACUGAUACAUAUUUUUGUAAGUAUCUUAUUGAAAAAGAGCAUAAUUCCUCUAUUAUGCUUCAUAACAAAUGCACAAAAGGAGAUAUAAAACGCAAGUUUACAAAUAAAAAAUGUUUAUUGGUUCUCUUAAAGCUACUACAAGAUAGUACACUUGAUAUAAAGCAAACAGCAACUUAUAUUAUUAUCAAUUAUUUUGAGAAAGAUGUUUUAACGAAUAUAGAAAAAAAAGUAAUAUUUGAUAUGGGAUUAAAAAAUUGUAAUUCAUCUAAAUUCUAUGAAGUGGAAAGUGGAGCAGCAUUGAUGAAGAUUUUGGCAACUUGGGAGCCUUUUAAUACAGAGUUUAUUAUUAACAAAUGUGAAAAAAGUGCUUUGUGUAAUAAUUAUUAUGAAUUCUUUCUUUAUGAAGCACAAAAGCAAUUACUACAAAUGAAAGAAGAUAUAUUAAAAGCUAUUGUUCAUAGUGGAUCUUUUUAUGGUAUCCUUACUGCUAUGCUUAGCUCUAAUUUUGAACAUGGACUAGAAAAUUGUAGACCUCCUUUAAACUUCAUAAAAAAAUUAUUGGAUUUCUUAGAUGAUGCUAUAACUUUCUUUUUAUCUAUAUUGUCAUCAAAAUCUACAACUACAAAAUAUGCAUCAUCAUUUGCAGAAAUGGGACUAGCAAUUAAUGAUACAAUUAAAACUAGUGCAAUAAAUGAUGAUAAUUAUGAUGAUCUUAUUUUAUCACCUGCACAUCAAGUUAUUGUAUCUUGUAUUUGGCUAUCCUUGAAGGUAUCUUGUGAAAUAGCUAAUAAUAUAGGUAGUUGUAUGUACUCUAAUGAGACGACUUCACAUGCAAUUAAGCUAAUUACAAUGGUAUUAACAAAAUGUAGACAUAAAGGAGCAAUCGAAGCUGCUGGAAUAGCAAUUGGUAACUUAGUAAGAUGUAUAUGCAAGAAAGAUAGUUAUGCUGAAAUAUUAAAAAUGUAUGUAAAAGAUUUAUUAGAAGAUAAAACAACAAAUACUUUGAAUAUAACUCGACGUGGUGCUGGAUUUUCGUUGAUGUUUCAUAAAAUAGUAUCUAAUGAUAAUCGUAAAGGAAGACCUCUUUUACAUUUUUCUAUACAAGAAUUACUAUAUUCUUUAGAAAGGUGGUCUGAAACUAAAUUUGAAAAUAUUGAAUAUAAAUACGAUCUCCCAUUGGCAAGACAUUUAUAUUUUUUACGUACAUUGGUAGCAGACAAAAAUAUACAUGUACAGUUAACACCAUAUAUGGAGCGUAUUUCUUUAGUAUGUUUUCAGUAUUUACGAUCAGAAAUUUGGCAAAUCAGGAAUGCUAGUCUUCAAUUAUUUGGUUCUAUAAUUCCACGUUUGGUAGGACAAAGUGCUGGUGGAAAAGAAUUAGAUUUUGGAAAUGGAUAUUCCGUUAAUCAUUUCAUCACUCAUUAUCCAAUCCUAACAAAUCACAUAUUAAAACAACUUCAGGUUUUUUCACAAUUAUCUGAAAAUUCAAACACUAUGUUACAUGAAUAUUCAAAUAUUGUACAUAUCCUUAUAUUGCUUUCUAAGUUUUCAAUUAGUGGUUGUGAUUUCAUUGAUUAUUUAUCAUAUGAUUUUGUAAAAGAAAUGAAAAGUUAUUUUUGUAAACUUCUGGCUAAUCCUAUUGAACAUGUUAGAAUACUUACUGGAAAAGCAUAUGCAGCUUUAACUGCAUUUUCAUGCAUUAAAUCAGAAAUCGAAAUAUUGAAAUUUAAUGUUUUUUUAAUCAAAAAUGUUAAUAAGAUACAUGGGCAUUUACUUACUAUAAAAUAUUUAAAAGAGAAAUUUUUGGCUGAAGCAGAAAAUAUAAAUUCAUGUAAAACAAUGGAAUCAACAAUUAUCUAUUCUGAUGAAAAAUGUAUUAGCGAAUAUAGAAUUCAAAAUAUUGUGAAGAUCUGGAAUAAUAAGCUAAAGACUAAAAGCAAUCAACAAAUAUAUUAUACUUUAGAAUGCAUGCUCAUAGAAUUAUUUAAUUUGAAAUUAUCUCCAUCAAACAUUGAGUAUUUUGAUAAAAUUAUAUUAGAUAGUUUAUGUAUAUUACAUAUGGAGAAGAUAAAACCAAGUUUUUAUCAAUUCAUAGAUAUUCUGACAUAUUUAUAUGCAGAUCAUAUUAAAUAUACUGGUAAUUUUAAUUCGAAAAUCAUUGAUAAAAUUGUUCAUUCUGAAUAUAUAGAACAAACUAUUAAUUUUUUAACUCGUUUGCAUUGUUUCACUCCAAUUCUUAAAAUUAUAUUACGUAUUUUAUUAUCAAUAAUUGAUAAUGGUAAUGCAUUAAUCAUUAAUGCAAUAAUAAAAUUUAUAAUUACAACUUUUAAAUGUUCAUUAUUAAUUGAUAUUUAUAAAUUAAAAUUAGAGGAAACAAUUUUGAAUUUAAUUCCAAAGCUUGAUAAAGAUACUUCACAUAUUAAUGUACUACACUUCAAAAAUAUAUUAAUAGCAAUAUUUUGCAAAGAUGAAAGUAUCAUAUAUAAAACAUUAUCAGCAAUUUUUAACAUGAGUCUUACUGACAAUGAAUAUGUAAAAAAUGAAGCAUCAGAAUGUCUUCAAUUUUUUGUUCAACGUUUUUCAGAGGUAGAAUCUAAAAACAAAUUGAUAAUUAUGCAUUGUUGUCUUAUAUUACUGAAGAAUGAUACUUCUGAUAUAUGUAAUUCAGUUACUACAAUUGUACAAAAUCAUAUUAUGUCUGCUAUAUAUGGUGAUAAAAAAAUGUGUGAACAUGACGAAAUUAUAUACCAACAACUACUGUUGGAAAUAGAGUAUUAUACAUCGUUAUGUAAUUCUUUUUAUCUAAAUGAUAACAUAGAAUUUAUAAGAAAGUUCAUAGGUCUUGAUAAACUUCAUACCAGGCAAUCUUCAUUAGUUGAAAAUCCUUUUGAUCAUGAAGAUAAUACUUUUUACAAAGAAGAAACAAAGUUCAUGAACAUACUUUAUUUUUACAUGCAAUCUAACAAAAAAUAUUAUCGUAUACUAAAAUAUGAAAGCAAUACUGAAAACUGCAUCGAUGUGUCACACAUCAUUCAAAGUAAACGUCAAUUUUUAGAAAAAACCGGUUUUAAUCUUAAUUGUUUAAGGAAUUUGUUAGCACUUAAAGAUAAAGAUUAUCUAUUUAAAAAACAGGAAACUUUGAUAUACGAGUACAAGAAUAAAAAACAAUAAUAUAAAAUGUGUAUCUGUAAAGUAUUAUUUUAUAAAGUCUAAUAAAAUAAUAUAUUACUAUUUCAAACUCAAUAAAAUGAUUUAUCAUUAAGGCUGUUCACUACUUGGUGGUUUUUAAUAGUUUAUGCCAUCAAUGAGAACAGGCGUAAUUAUUGACCGAUUUUAAUGAACAAGGUCUCAUUUUAAAGAUGAAAGUUUAAUUUACGGCACUCUUUCAGAGAAUUUUUGAAAAAGCUUGAUUUUCUUUGGAAAAAAUCGGGUUAAAAAAUGGUAUUUUUCAAAAAUAGCUUAUACAUAAAUAAAAAGCUUUUUCAAAACUCCGCCGAAAGGGCAUCGUAAAUUAAACCUUUUUCUUUAAAAUAAAAUCUUUUUCAUCAAAAUUGAUCGAGAAUUACUUCUAUUCUCCUUGAUGACGCAAAUGAUAUUUUCGACAUUUUUCGCGAAGAAAAAGUUUAGUACUGUGACGUCUUUUAAAAUUUCCGGCAAAAGAGAUAAAGCUCGUAUCCCCAUUACUGAUUUCCAUGUAGACUCUUGAAUGGUGUAUGUUUUAUAUCCUUGAAGUAGUAAUUGCCUGUUUGGUUGCUGCUUAAAUAGCUGAUUCAGAUUUUUUGAACAUUUCCAGAUAUAAAGGAAUAGGUUUCUCGAUCCUCGCGCGGAGAAGCUACUCAUUCAAUUUCAUAAAUGAGCUUUAGCCAGAUAAUUUUAUGGUAAAAAUAAAGAAAUACAUGUCCAAUAGUUUAUGUCAAGGAAUCUGAGUUUUUAAAAUAUUGUUAAAUUUUGUAAAAAUUUGUAGUUUUUUUUAGAUUUUAUAGACUAAAAAGAGAAAGAUUCUAUAAAUAAUGUGUAGCACAUUGGCAAUCAUCUAGAUUCGUAAUACAGGAAAUCUUAGGUUCGAGGCAUAAUUGGUUUUUUUUUAUUGUAUCGAUGUAAACGAAAAUAAUGAAUUAAUUUACUUUUUUUUCCUUAUUUGAUAAUUUAGUAAGGUGUUACUAUCCAAUCUCUUAUAUUUAUUUUCUCCACUAAUGCUUGAUGUGAAUUUCGCGAUGAUAUAUGCUAGAUAAGACACAGCAGCAGUAUAAUUUUAUUCAAUGACAAAUGUAUAUAAAUUAUAUACAUUUGUUGAUUAUUUUUUCAAAAUUAAUAAUUAGUGAACAUAUAUAUUAAAUAUUAUUUUUAAUAAAGAUCGAGUUUGUUUUCACAUUACGAGAUUUUUCUUCCAGUGCAAUUUUGUUAUAGUUUCUUCUGAAGAAGUUCACUUCAUAUUAUUACUAUAAUACUAUAAUAGUAUAAUUACUAUAAUAAUAAUAUAUAAUGUAAUAAUAUAAUAAUAAGAAGAAAUAGAAGAAUCUACUUGUAUACAACAUGACACAUAAUGAAAGUAAUUUAUGAUAACAAAAGAAGGAAUAUGUAUCAUUUUACGUGAUGGUUUGACAUACGAAUUCUCAACAAAUCGUGUCCUUGAUAAUUUGGACACAUGACCGCCUAUCUAAUAUAAACAAUAUAUGAAGAAAAGUACGAAACAUUUCUUUUGUUUUCGUCCACUAUUGUUUCUUUUUGUCUUAUUACGUUAUGAUCAUAAUGUAUUUAUUUUUAUAUUGUUUCUUUCUCAUGAUCAGUCAAAGCUAAUCGUCUUUACUAUUAUAAUAUAAAAUGUAU